AUGAUCUUAGAACCCGGACCAUACCUGGGUCACCGCGAGAGCAGAGCUGGCCGACCAACAAAGUUUCCCAGGAUGAUGUGUAACACUCCGCUUUUAAAACGUUUGAAAAUUAGAUUGAAAGAGGAUUGCAAUCAUGUUUGGAUUAAGACGCGUCUUAGUAUCUUCAGAUGUCCUGGUCGGGUGUUCAAAUACACCCUUAAUUUCUCCUUCAUCGAGGAAUAUCCCAUCGUCCCGGUGUGGUGCUGCCUUCCAGGCCUCUUACCACACCUUUUCGACCUGUCUACUCUUUUCUCAAUUGCUAGCUGCAUUGGCAACCCUGUUGAGAUUGACGUCGCUACGGAAACUCGGUCGCCACUAUCUGUCGCACGGGUGUGUAUGGAGAUUGACCUCAGGGACGAGCUCAUCAAAAAGAUUGAGCUCGACCAAGCGGAAAAUACCACUAUCCAAAAAGUGGUCUAUGAGAGAGUCCCCCCGUUCAGCACCAUAUGCCACAUUGUAGGGCAUGGGGCUGCAGAGUGCUACACUAGGGGUAACAAGCCCCGUCCUGACCUGCCCCCUCGCUGCCGCGUAGAGAGGCGGGGCUCUGUUGCUGCCCCGUGGAGCUCUAAGAAGAAGGGUAAGGCCCCUACCCAUGGUCCUGAUCCGAUAGGACAAAAGGGCAAGGGUAAAGGCAAUGUCACCUUUGAGGACACCCGGCCCAAUGAGGCUAUCCUAGAUAGGUCUAGGCCAAAGCUACAGGCCUUUUUCCCCACAGUCCCUCUAGUCAGCACCCAUGGAUACCCACUCUCGCUUGUCUAUGCUUUACAUAGAGACGGAGGAUGGUAUACAUGCUCCCUCCGAUCACUUAGGAGCUUCGACCAGCUCCCCUUUUGA